AUAAAAUAAAAUUCGAAUAUUAAAAUGCAAAUUUCAACAACCAAUCGAAAUAGUUUAUGCCAUAUUGAUUUCAACCAAUCAGAUUACAAGAGUUAAGCAAAUAUAACCACCAAUCAAAUGUUUAUUAUUGUAGAACACAUGAGCACAUAUUUUAUUUCUAUCCAAUAAUAUUCCAUCAAUAGAGGUAAGAAAUUUCAACCACCUUGUGAAUAAUUGUCAGCACACAUCUUUAAUAGUAGGUAGAAGAAUAUUGAACAAUGAUGAAGUUGAUCUUGCACAAUUAUCGAUUCACAAUAAACACAUAAAUAUGUGACACAUGAUCUUUCUUAUUGGUUGUUUUGAAUCAUCAAAUCAUACAGAAAGAAGUGAACUCAAAAAAAGUCUAUAUAAACCUGAGAAACCAUUUCAAUAUCAUUCUACUCUCUUAAACAAGAAGAAGAUGAAAUUUACUCUUCCAUCUUGUUUGUUGGUCAUUGUAUUCACUAAGCUAUUCGACUGUCAGAACACUUGUGGACGUAUAAAAGAUGUCAAAUAUGAAAAGAUAAUUUCUCAAAAUACUACAUACAGUUAUUCUGAUCAUUAUGAAUAUUUUCAAAGAAUUCAUCUUGAUCAACCCAAUCCUAUUCAAAGUGGAACUUUUGUCAAGAGUAAAAUUUCUUCUGAAAUGGUUAAACCGAAAUUCCAGUUUAAAUAUUACGGUAAAAUAGUCAAUGGAUUGACAAUGAUUGAUUCUGGUUUAAUGGAAACUUUCGGAGACAAAUUAAUGGGACAAAUUAAAAUCUUUGAAAAGAUCUCCUUUGGAGACACACCUGAGAUUCUGAAUGAAACCGAAUUAUUCGCUGUCAAAUGGUCUCUUCAGGAGAAUACAAAUUCUGGUGAUGAAACAGGUCAAGUAACUUAUCUGAUAUAUCCGAAUGGGAAGAUGUCUAUUUACUUUGAGAAUGUAAGUUUCACUAUUGAAUGGUGAUGUAAUGUAAUUUCAUUGUGCUGUCUCAUUUACUUGAGUAAUGGCGAUUGCGUCUAGAUACACUAAACACGAGGAACGCAGAACAAGAUUUUAUAUUAUGUAGACAGGUUAUAUGACAUUAUAACUUAAACUUCAAUGAGGCAUUUUAUUCUGACAUCAUUUGUGAACGAGGUUUUGUGUAGAUUUUAGGAAUUUCACUGAAUAAUGAAAUUGUUGAUCAGUUCGGAGUGUGUAGUUAUUUCAAUGUCAUCGUUUGAUGUUUCAUCUAUUUUGAAUACAACUGCUGUUGAUUCACUAUAAUAUGGUUCUAUGAAAGAACAGAUGACAUGUUUGAAACUCAAUUUGUUUUAAAUGAUAAGAAGUAAUCUGGAAACAUUAGUAGUUACUAUCCAUGGAGUUAUUCAAAGUGGUAUCUCAUUUCAAAAGACGUAGAUGUUAAGCUACAUUGUAUCGCCUCGUUUUAUUAUUGACAGAUUGUAUAUCAGACCUCACUGAAGUUGAUGACUAAACUAAGUUAGAAUAGCUGUAAAGACUAGGUGAAAUAUCCUCGAAAAGAAACUGAUGAUACUAGUUUGCCUAAUUUGAAUGUGAUUAAUUGUCUUUGAAUAUGAAGACCUGAAUGAUGACACACUACUGAAAUGAAUAGUUACUCUUGAUGUAUGUGGUUGUGUGUUUAACAGAUCUUAAUUCAUAUUUCUGAUGGUUGUUUUCAGAUACCCAAGGAAAAUGAUGAAAGCAAUUUACAGUCGUGGAUUGAUUAUCGACACCAUUGUAUAGAUGAUACAACGAACAACUCUAUGUUCGAAUCGUACAAUCGAAUUAACGUUCCAGUAAACUUGAUCAAACAUCGUACUUUGGUGGAGUUUGAACCGAAUACAGAAACCUGUUACAUUAAAGAUUCAAAAGAAACAUGUCUAUCUGCAUCUAAACCGAAUAUGACAUGUUAUUGGUGUUCAACAGCGAAUACAUGUACCAAUGGUCUUGAUACACAUAUUGAUCAUUGGAUGGAAAAUGAUUGUCAUCCCACUAAAUCAUAUGUUUACGUAUAUGUAAUAAUAGCAUUAGUUUCAUGUUUCGUGAUUGUAUGUGCUGGAUUUGUCAUAUGGUUUAAAUUAUUUAAAGGAAAAUAAAUGUAAUUUAUGUUCUACAGAAACAUUUACACAUAUGAAUAGAACUAUAUUUUGUAGUUCAUUUCAGUAGUUUAGAUAUUAGUUUAUGCACUUUUCUAUGAUCAAUUAUGUAAUCAAUUAUGUAAUGUUGUUUUGCUGUUUUGUUUUGUUUGCUCUGUUUUGUUUUAAUCGAAUAUUAAACAUGGUUUUCAUUAUAUAUGUGAUUGUUUUCAUUUGAUCCAAAGUAAUUUGUGUUACACCGUUGGAUAUAGGUCGGGUCAGCGGUCUAGUGGGUUGAGUAUUUUGUGCACAAGGCUGAAGGUCCUAGGUUCAAAUUCCGCGAACAAGAUUGUGGAUGAGCACUGUUGAGGAGUCACACAAUA